AUGAAUCUUGCCAUUCGUCGCGAUGAAUACGAUCCUAGUUUGCUCCCUGAUUUAACUGGAAAAGUCGCGCUGGUAACUGGUUCAAACUCGCCGCUCGGUAUCGGGUGGAACGUCGCCAACCAGCUUGCUCUUCAAGGCGCUAAAGUCUACGUCCACGCUCGUACGUUGGAUAAAGCACAAGCUGGGAUAACUGCCAUCCUCGCCAGCUCCCAAGGCAGAAUAUCAGUAAAACAAUUGGAACCUUUCGUUGUCGAGCUGAGCAACUUGAGGGCAGUCAGAGACGUUGCGGCAGCUUUUGUCGUCAAGGAAUCAAGGCUGGAUAUUCUAGUGAAUAAUGCUGCAGUUCUUGCCUGUGGCCUUAAGUUGGACGAUCAUGGUAUAUCCACGUCUAUGACGGUCAACCAUUUCGCUCCGUUUGUUCUCACCCUGGGAUUGCUCCCGCUGUUAAAGAAAACCGCUCAGAACCACCCUGGUGUACGGAUAGUCACGCUCAGUUCCAUUGCACAUGUUCUCAUUACUCCAGACGUGAAAGUUGACUCUCUUCAAUCUUUGAACAACGAUUUCGGUGAAAGAGAUGGCGCAGAGGCUAAUUUGAAACGUUACGGGUACUCUAAGCUCGCCAACAUCCUCUUUGCCAAAGAACUUCAGCGUAAAUUGGAUGAAGCCGGAAUCCAGGCCAUCUCGGUCGCAGUUCAUCCAGGAGGUGUAAAAACUGAUGGUUCAAUAAACUUCGUGGGCCCCGAGAACCUGUCCAGGCUCGACGACGCGCAAACUCCACUCCAAGGUGCUCUGGCGCCCUUGUUUGUUGCUGCUGCGGAAGAGGUUUGGGAAGAAAGGAGCAAAUGGGCUGCAGCGUACGUAAUGCCAUACGGCGUUCCUUCCCCUGAAGACGAGUCGGAGGCAGCGAAAGAUUCGAAGUUGGCCAAAGAGCUCUGGGAAACGACAGAGAAAGUUUUGACCGAGAAUGUGGGGAUUUCUGUGAAAUUUUAA